AUGUCAUUCAGACCUGGUAGUAGAGGUGGUGCCCGUGGUGGUUCCCGUGGUGGAUUUGGCGGUGCCCGUGGUGGUUCCCGUGGUGGAUUUGGCGGUGGCCGUGGUGGUUCCCGUGGUGGAUUUGGUGGUGGCCGUGGUGGUCCAAGAGGUGGUUCCCGUGGUGGCUUCGGCGGUGGUCGUGGUGGUGGCCGUGGUGGUCCAAGAGGUGGUUCCCGUGGUGGUCCAAGAGGUGGUGCCAGAGGUGGUGCAAGAGGUGGUGCCAAAGUUGUUCUAGAGCCUCAUAAGCACGAUGGUGUUUUCAUCGCUAGAGGUAAGGAAGAUCUUUUGGUGACUAAGAACAUGGCUCCAGGUGAAUCUGUCUAUGGUGAAAAGAGAGUUUCCAUCGAAGAACCUUCGAAGGAAGAUGGUGUUCCUCCAACCAAGGUCGAAUACCGUGUUUGGAAUCCUUUCAGAUCUAAGUUGGCUGCAGGUAUUAUGGGUGGUCUAGAUGAAUUGUUCAUCGCUCCAGGUAAGAAAGUUCUAUAUCUAGGUGCAGCUUCUGGUACCUCCGUCUCUCACGUUUCCGAUGUUGUUGGUCCAGAAGGUGUUGUCUACGCCGUUGAAUUCUCCCACAGACCUGGUAGAGAAUUGAUCUCUAUGGCUAAGAAGAGACCAAAUGUUAUCCCAAUCAUCGAGGAUGCCAGACACCCACAAAAAUAUAGAAUGCUUAUUGGUAUGGUCGAUUGUGUCUUCGCUGAUGUUGCCCAACCUGAUCAAGCUCGUAUCAUUGCCCUAAACGCACACAUGUUCUUGAAGGACCAAGGUGGUGUUGUCAUCUCCAUUAAGGCUAACUGUAUUGACUCUACUGUCGAUGCUGAAACUGUUUUCGCCAGAGAAGUACAAAAGCUACGUGAAGAACGUAUCAAGCCUUUGGAACAACUGACUUUGGAACCUUACGAAAGAGAUCAUUGUAUCGUCAUUGGUAGAUACAUGAGAAGUGGUUUGAAGAAAUAA